GUUUUGAUGUGAAGUGCAUCCAAGCACAGGAGCAUCUUGAAGGCUUCUUUUACGUGAAUCAGAGGACAAGCCAAAUAACAAUGACAGAAAUAUAUGUUUACGCGUUCUUAUUACCUGUCAGACGAACCGCGUUGGAUCAAGAAUUACAACAUAUGUAGAAAUGUGACAGUCCAUCAGUCUCUUAGAUGUACAGGAAUCCAGCCAAUUGGCACAAUGUCUGACAGCAAUGAUGUGUGGGAGUUUCCUGACAGUGGGAUGAGGGACGAACUGGAGGAUUCAAGUGACGCAAAUGAAUUCUCAGAACAUGAACUCCUUGACAUCAUGUACAAUUCAUGUAACACUUCCAGCACAGGAGAGGUGUCAGCAUCGUGCAUCAUACAAUACCUGCACAAUGUGACGUCCCAGAGUCAUCAGCAGGGCCAUCUUACAUCCUUACAGCAGCUACUGGACCCGGAAUGUCAGGACCCCAUGGUGAGCAGAGAAAUGUUCCACCUCACUAUGAAGGAGUGGAUCGCCCAAUGCAGUCAGGACAGAGGUGAGGUGAACAUUAGUGGAGAUGCAUCUUAUCCAGAUGCGUCAGAACUGCCAGUUAAUGGCUUUGAAUUCUCAACUCCUACGACAAAGCCUACUCCCACCGACAGCCAACAGUGUGCCUGCAAUGAAAAAGACCUGUCAGCAACAGUGUCCGAACUUAAGCAAGCUCACCGCAAGCUGAGCGAACAGAACAGCAGCCUGCUGAGGACGGUGGCUCAUUGUGAAGACGUCAACCUGCAGCUCACCCUGGAGAUCACUGAGCUGAGAGCAAAGCUGGCCAGUUCCCAGCGGUCAGCCGUUCGAGCCCGAUCCAUAACAGAGGAACUCGAGGAGACCCGUCGGGCUUUUAAAGAGGCCCAGGAGAGAGCCAGCCGGAUGCAAGCUACUUGCACCAAGCUGAGCAAUGAGGUUGAAUGCCUGAAGGUUCACAUCAGGAGGCUUGAAGACAAGAAUGAAAAACUCUCCUUUGAAAAGACAUGUUCAGAGGACGGCAUCAACAAACUCCGCAAAGUCAAUGCUGAGUUGAAGGCUGACCUCCAAGAAGUACUGGUCAUGCUGACUCUGAAAGACAGAGAAAUGACGAAGAAAGACAUUGUCAUGGAUAAGAUGAAGAGCUCUCAUGCGGAGAAUCAUAACCUCAUCGAGGGCGUGCAGGCAGAGCUGAUGAGGUUACAUGAACAUUCACAUCAAGUUCUGUCCAGCUAUGACAGACUCUGCAUCAGUCCUCAGACACUGUAUGGUCGAGAGCCUCCAAACCUACGUUCUCUGCAAAGUGAGAUGCAAGACUUGCAGCAGCAGAAUCACAGAGCUGUGGAUGAAAAAAGCCUCCCUCCUCUCCAUACAGAAUGCGAGGACAUUCAGAGCAUCAUCCGCAGGAUCAAAUCGUCAGAAAUUGCUCAUCUUUGGCGCAAUAAGCAUCUAGAAAAGGUCUCCUCCUCUGUUGAGAGCCAGGAGAAGCCUUUUCCUGAGCACCAGCAGCAACAGGCAAGCAUCAAGCAGCAGCUUGUCAAUGUGCUGCAGGACCUUGAGCUCCAGAAGUGUGUGAGGGAGGAGAAAGGGGAGAAGGUGGAUGAGCGGUCGAAAGCCUGGGAGCAGGAGCAAAAACCAAAUCAGACCGGCAAGUCAAUACCGCAAUCAAAGAAAGUGGCCAUUGUGAAGUGGUGGAAAACCCUUAGCGUUGAAGGAGCUAAAGCCCGGACUGGCGAGACCAAGACCUUUCGGGAGCUCUCCGAGAGAGCUCGGCUCCAUCAAGCAGAGCAUACCAUCACUGAUAUGAGGGAGCAGGUCUGCCACCUGCAAACUUCUCUUAAAUAUUUGACUGAGCAAAAAAGCAGGAGCAGAGUUGUUCUCGUACACAAGGAAACCAACACUGAGAGGGAGGAUACAGACAGCGCUGAGAGCAAACGCGUGAAGGAGCAGAGGGAUGCGUCGGUGGCCACUGGACCUGUUCACAGCCCAGGUGGAGGAGCCUCACAGCAGCGACAAGUCCAAUUUACGGUGGCAGCAGACGCACUGCUCGGGGCCCUCAGAAGAACGGAGGCCAUUGUCAAAAACGCACUGGAGUCGAGCAAACUCGUCAAUGAGAGCGAGAAAAGGCUGAGCCGGGUGCGGGUGAGGAUGGAGGGCAUCACUCAGAGGGUGGAGGCCGCUCUGGGACGGACAGCUGAUGCAGACUUGCAGCUGAAUUCGCUCGAGGUCCGGAUCGUGGAAAAAAAUAAUCAGUCCUGUCCCGAGCUGUCAACUGGUCCUGACCACUUGACUGAGUGUGUUGCGCCAGAAAAAGAAAGAAUGGAGACUCCCCCGCCUCCACCUCAUGUAAUCCCAGAAGCCAGUGAGUCUCCGCAGCUUCCCAUCAAUGUCACUCAAAGAGAUGAAAUCAGACGCGACAGGCAGUUAUUCACAUCGCACACAACGGCUGGCACCAUAAGUGACACAGAACAAGACAGCUGCGACAAGGUCGCAGAAGAGGCGAAGGACUUUCUGCAGGCAUCUAUCCAGCAUAACACCAAGGAGUCCAGCAAACACUCCACUGCUGAGGGCAUCUUUUUUUUCCCCCUCACCCGCUCCCGGCCCUGUCAACUCCCUGCCAUGCCCACACUGCCCGAGGAAGAAGAGGACUCCCCCGAAGAUCUGGACAGUUCAUCAAGCUCGCCCAGUACGUGUGCACCUGCUGAUAGCGGCGCUGGUAUCAUGACUGGCCCAACUAUGGUCUACCCACAGCAGGCCUCCAUUGUCCAGCAAGAUGGACGUCCUCUCGAGCAGGCCAAGCCACACAGCCCAAGAGCUCGUCUGGCCAGAAACUCCUCUGCAGGAUCCAUCACCACAGUUGACAGCGCAGGUCAUGUGAUCGACCUGGUCAAGGACAAACUGCCGGAGAUGCAGCUCUCAGAAGAGGAUCGCCAGAGGAAUCUGGAGCUGUUGGAACAAGCCAAAAAGGUCAGCGAUCGCUUCCUGAUGCGACGGGGCCGCCGUUCUACCAGCAGCCUUUCUGACUCAACCACAGUUGUGGGAGUGCCAGAGGUGACUUGCACUCCACAGUCGAUCAGUCAGCAUCUGGACGUUGCCUCAGUGAGGGGACAAAAGGAUGUGGAGAGCGUCCGACUUGCAGUGGAUUGGAAGCCCACAGAGAAGAGGAAAGUGUCUUCUGGGACCCUAACGCCCCGUUUUACCAUUCCGAAGGAGAACUGUGAAUCCAAAAGUCCUCCGGGAGCCAAUAAAAGUGAGGAUGGAGGACGGAAUUCCAACCAAACCCCGGCUACAGGAGUCGCCAAGCCCGUCCCUCGACCGCCAACACAACAGGCGCCCUGUACAGCAGAAAUAAAGACCAUUGGUGCCUUUCCACCGCUAAUGAGGGCUGUUUCCUGGGAUGCCAUCGGGGGCAUUAACUCCAGAAAUGGAGCAGAAGACACAAGCUCAGACAAAGCUCGGGAUGGCAUUUUUAAAUCGCCGGGGCUCAAAGAGCUUCCUGCACCCAAACUGUCCAAAUUCAGAGAGGAGCACAAGUUGAUGCGUAACCAAACCAUUGUCGGCUCCAAGUUACCAGACUUGAGUGAAGCUGCUGAACAGGAAAAAGGACCUGCUUCCUCUCCAAACUCAGCACCGAGCAGCGAGGAGACCAAGUCGGACGCCAUGCCAAACAUCUCCGAUAUCAUGCUGAGAAAACUCAAACUUCAUCGCGGCCUUCCCGGCUGUCCACCUCCACUCACUGAAAAAGAAGUUGAGAAUGCAUUCGUCCAGCUGUCUUUGGCCUUUCGUAAUGACAACUACACCCUUGAGACGCGCCUCAAACAGGCAGAGAGGGAAAGGAACCUGACAGAGGAAGAUACACAGAAAGAACUCGAAGAAUUCAAGGUUGCGCUAAAGAUGACUUCCCCACAGUGGCAGAAUCUGGAGCAACGUGAGGCCUACCAGCGGCUCAUUGAUACGCUGGCAGUGCUGCACCGGUUGGCUACUCGCCUCUCGAGCAGAUCCGAGAUAGUUGGAGCGGUUCGACAAGAGAAACGCAUGAGCAAGGCUACUGAGGUUAUGAUGCAAUAUGUUGAAAACCUCAAGAGGACUUAUGAGAAAGACCACGCUGAGCUGACGGAGUUUAAAAAGCUUGCCAACCAAAAUUCCAAUCGCUGCUAUGGAGGCUCCGUAGAAACUGGAGAUGAUGGAGUUUCUCGGGCUUCAAGAUCCAUGUCGCUCACUCUCGGAAAGGCAUUGCCCAGACGCAGAGUGAGUGUUGCUGUGGUGCCCAAGUUUAACCUCCUGAACAUCCCGGGUCAGAUGCCGCCCACCACCGCCGCCCCCAAUGUGCCAACAGCUUCCAUGCCUGGUGCAGCUCUUCCUGCCUUAAGUGAAGCGAGUGAUGUGAAAGGAAACUCCUCACCAGAGUCGACACAACAGGCGACAACAGAGUGUGGAAAGAGCGCGUCGGAGCAGGAAGGAGAGCCAGCCAAGCCCGCUGUCAACUUGGAGGAGAUCAGAGCGGAAAUCAGGGCAGAGCUCAAGGCAAAGAUUGAGGAAGUGGCGUACAAUAAAGGCUACCAAGAAGGGCUAAAGCAAAAUAAAGCAAUCCAGGAGGAAAAGCAUGAAGUGGAGAAUGAAGCUGCAGAAAAGUUGCUGGACUCAAAGAUAAGGGAUGAAGAAAGUGGAAAGAAAAUCAAAGCAAGUCGGAGGAUGGAGGAGGUCUUACUUCUUCUUAGUCGCAUUCGCCCCAAGAUUUCGUGGCGCAAACGGCUUCUCUGGAUGGCGCUAAUGAUUUUUCUGGUGAUGUGUCUCGUUAUCAGUAUUUUAACAUUCUUCUCUGGGUACAACAAGCGUGAUGACUCAUAAGAGCAUCAGCACUUUAAUAAGAACCAAAGAAUUGCUUCACAGACACUCACGUCUCAGUCAAUUUACUCCUGAGUGGAAUAUAGCUGAAUGCAGUUAACAAAGAGUUUUCAGCAGCCUUAUGUAUAAUGUUUGUUACAGUUACUACUUGUUCACUUCUACUGAGGGACCAAUUAACAUUGUGGUACAUGUUAAGAUGAUAAAAAUGGCACUUUGGAUAUCAAUCAUUAACCUGCAACCAUGUAAAAGUAUAACGUAUUUCUCAGGUCCAAUAGAUUUUUUUUUCUUUUGAAUGACCUUGAGUACCAGCUGAUACAUAGAAGAUAUGGAAUAUGUAUGUUAUGGUUAUAUGGUUAUUUAUAUAAAGUGUAUUUAAAUAUGUUCAAUUCUGAAACAUUGUGAAAAAUAAAAUCAAGUUACUGCUGUUCUAUUUGGCAAGAUAUUUGCACAUUUGAAUUAUUUUUUAGGUUUCUAAAAAUCGGGAUCUGUCUGGUUUCUUGCUAAAAUCUGUACUAAAAUUGAGCCACUAAGAAUGAGAGUGGGCCAACUCCAUUUUUGUCAUUUAGCAAUAAAACUGAUUUCUAUUUUGACAGUUUAUCAAUCGAACUUCACUUUUGUUGCACAAUGAAUCAGAGAAGGCAGUGAAUGAAAUAAUGUAAUACCCUCUACAGAUUAAACAGAAUGAAACUAAACCUUGAUUUAGAUCAGUAUUCAAUCUGAAAGUGAUGCCUUUUCUGUAUUCUGUUCUGUACUUCAAUUAAAAACUGCAAACAUGGACUUAGCCCAGUCGACAACAGUUCGCAGUGGAUCAAUAACAAAUUGUCUUCACUUUCAAUAAUGUUCGGCUAAUGCAAGCAUUUUUGCCAACCGUCGUUUGUUAAACAAACCAUUUGUAUUGAUCUUGAUGGUUGUGCAUUUGUUAUUAUAUGACGAGGCCAUUUUGCAUAUACUGUAUAUUCACAGUCAGAAUGGCUUUCAAAGAAAAAACAAAUACAACGUGAAAAUGAGUUUGGCAUCCCAUAAGUGGUCAAAUUUGGAGUUCAACCGCAACUUUGUGGGGGUCAUUUCUUCAACGUAUGUGACAUUACACAAGAUUUCAACAAAUCUAUUGAGCACAUUCUAACAUAAACCCACUUAUGACUACAAAGCACUUAAUUCCAGCUGUAGCUAUAAAAUGCUACAACGUGACAGCGUCCCUCUGUGUCUGUCAAUCGUGUACAAAGCACAAGUAGUUUUGCUUUUUUUUAGUUUUCUUAAUGAUAGUUAUCAUUAUACGUAUAUGACAUUCAGGAAUGUUAAAAUGUUACUUAAAAUAUUGCCUGUAUAGUGGUGCCUUGAGAUACAAGUAUUUGAAUUCAUUCUGUGACCACCCUUAUACCGGUAAUUCAAAACACUUUCACCAUUGAAAUGAAUGGAAAUUACAUUUUCAUCUUCCCUAAAAGAGCAUGACAAAACAGUUUUUGAUGAUCCGAUAUUAAGAGCUGAUUUGGGCCAGUUGAAGCAGUCAGUCAAUCGGUCAGGCCGUUGUAAUAUUGUUUUUCGCAGAGGAUAAAGAAUACAUGCCUAUGAGCUUUGUAAAAUUGUAUGUCUAAGUGUGUUUGCUGUACAGCUUGUGUUCCAGUACCCGUUGCUUCAAGGGUUCUUAUAACAGCACUACUAUUAAUGCUAUUUGUUAGGAUGUCUGUCACAUUUAGCAUUGCGUGUUAGCAUUAAGCUAAGCUGAUUUUCCUGAGGCAAAGCUAUGUGGUCACUUGUAUCUCAAGACACUACUGCAAUGAAUGAAGGUUUUAUGACAGUGAUAGAUCUAAGCCUUAACAAAUGAUGUUACUUUCCAUUGUUUUUAAUGGUCAAAAUGCUUUGAAAUUAGGACAAUUUAGAAGUCAGUCAGGAAGGGCUUCUUUUAGACUUUGCAGGUUCCAUUGUGGUUUGCAGAGUGCAAUACGUUUUGCAAUCAAUUAGUCAUUUGUGCCAUUUUGGAUUGUGUCUUCGGGGCACUGAAAAUGUUGCACACUGUUUAUUUUUGACUGUCUUUACACGUGUGCCUAUUUGUGGUGUCAACUCCUUGCAGGGAUUUGCUCUGCCACUUCACCUUGAAAUAAAGGUUUGUCAAAUCGA